AUGGCGACAGUAAUCAAUGAAAAUAAUGAACAAACACAAUCGAGUGUAGGUGUAUUACUAAUUUUCGGAGAUAUUAUUUCUAAUCAACAACGUGACGAAAUAUUUCUUUAUCUUAAUAAAGCAUUUAAACAUAUUGAUAAUAAUAAAUUUCGUGCAAUAGAAGAUCUUUUCAAUAAUUUAAUUCAUAAUGAUGAAUUUCAAGCAGAUUCUCAAUAUCGACAAAUAAAAAAUACAGAAAAUGGUUCAAUUGCUGGAUUUCUUUAUUUACCUAAUUUUCAUGCUGUAUUAAAUGUACUUAAAGAUUAUUUUAAUAAUUGUUAUCAUGUUUCGAUUAUUUUUUGUGGUCAACAAAUUGAUUCUAAUGGUUCAUUGAUCUUAACUGAUUCAGUUUUAACUUCGGAUCAUUUUUAUAAUUUAUUUGAAGAUAAUUCUACAUAUGUUAUAGAAGAUUUACAAAUAAUCUUACCAUUUAUUUCUCAUCAAUGGACACGAUUAUUAAAACAAAAAUAUUUAAAAAAUAUUCAAAUUGAUGAUUUAACAAAAGAAAUCAAUGAAAAAAAUUCAUUUGGAAAUCAAUUUUAUGAACGAUUAAUUCAAAUUUUAAAUAAACAUACUAUUAAUUUUGAUAUUUAUAAUAAAUUAAUACCAAGAGAUAGUUCAGGAACAAUUGCUUUCGAUGAACCAAAUCUUUAUAUAUUAUAUGGACAACAAGGUGAAGCAUCAUUAUUUGGUAUUCGAGGUUUUGUUGUACUAGUCAAUGGAGGUUUCAGUCGAAUACCUUCUUAUUGGAAUUUAAUUCGUGGUUUACAAACUAUUGAUGCUUGUAUUUUAACACAUUUUGAUUAUGAUGUUCUUCCUGGUUUACAAACAAUACUUCAUCGAAAAACAAUACCAUCAUUACAUGAUGGUCGAUUAUGUAAACCAGAUAUAGGAGCUAUUUUUCUUAAUCAUACUCAACGAAUACGAUUUCAAUCAUCAUAUAUAUCAAAAUUACCGUCAAAUAGCAAAUUAACAGUUAAUUUAUCUCAUAAUAUAGAUCAAUUUGUACAUGAUAUUAAACAAUUAAAUAUUGAAACAUUUGAUUUAAUAAAAUCUAUAUCACCAAAUAAACAUACUAUAGAACCAAUAAAUCUUUAUAAAAAAAUAGCUUUUGGUUCACUUGAUCUUUAUGUAUUAUAUCCAUUACCAUCAUCAAUUGAUGAUGAUAAAUUUUUAGCAACUUUACAAAAAAUUCCAAUUCGUGAUCAACAACCAUCAUCUUCAAUAAUUCCUCUUCAUCAUUGGUAUUCAUCAUGUACACUUCUUGUUUGGACACCAACAUCAAAAUCAAGCAAAGAUAGUUUAGUUCGUAUUCUAUAUACAGGUGCAUGUCCACAAACACUCGUCUUUGAAGCAUUAGCUAGAGUUCGUCAUUUGGAUUUAUUACAUGAAUCUCAACAACAUCAAACAGUUCGAGCAGGUAGUACGAAAACAACAAUAUCAUCUACUAAUAGCAACAUAAAUAUUAAAAAUCCGUCUUCAAAAUCUAAACCGAUAUCAAGUGCUGAAACAACAAAAGUUAUUUCACGCCCAAUCACAUCAAAAUCAAAACCUCUAUCAACUACAACUAUAAAAUCAGAUAAUAAAUCUCGAUCAGCACCUACAACAACUAAAACAGAUAAGAAAACAUCUAUUUCAACAACUGAUAGAUCUCUUCAAUCAAUUACUAAUGAUAAGAAGACACAAAAUUCUCGUCAAACAAUAUCAACGAGCAUUACUAAAAUUGAUAAUCAUGAACAAGAUAAUGAUCAACAGAAAGAAAUUAAUGAUGAUACUCAAAUAAAACGUCCAGAAUCAUUUUCAUUUAUUGAGAAUACAAAUGAACCAUUUGUUGAUAGUAAUACUGCAACACCACUUGAUGAAAUAAAUACAAAUUUUAUUUCUACUGAUCCUAUGACAAUAAGUUUUGUUGAUGGUGCACCUAAUACUCGAAAUCCAUUUCUUGAUAAAACUGAUGAUAUAGAAAUAAUUCAUCAUGAUAUAUCAACAACAAAAAAUAUAAUGCCAUCAAUUGAUGAAAUUAAUCCACAAGGUUUACCAAUGGAUGAUGAAAAUCAUUUAAAAAAAUCGACUGUUAGAAAAUCAAGUAUUCCUACAAUGCCAAUUAAUAAUACACGUAAAAUAAAACAAACAUUACCAAUAGGUUCAAUAUUUUAUGUUGAUGUUGCAUAUAUUCCAUAUCAUGGUAAUGAACAUUAUGUUGAUAGUGAAUUUUUUCGUCGUAUACGUGCUCGUUAUUAUAUAUUAAAUGCUGUUGAAAUAAAUCGUCUUACAUUAGAAUCAUUAAUUGAUGGAAAACAACAAUGGGAUAAACAAGAACAAAUACCAGUAACACUUGUACCAACAUAUGAUGGUGAUCAAUUACGACAAUUUUUUGUUAUGAAUAAAACUCGUUUAGCUGAACUUAAUAUAAAUAUAAUUCCAGCAUCAACUCGGUGUAAUGUGCAAUAUGAUGAUGAAGGUUCACCUGCACAACGUUUACGUUUUAGUGAUGAACAAUAA